AUGGUACUUAAAUUAAAGAAGACUAAAGAUGACUGUUUAUUGUGUGCAUUUGUUGCGCUUAGUACAUCCAUCAAGGGUGGGAAGUAUUGUAGGCCAAUUGUAGUAGUUGAUGGAAUCAUCUUGAAGUCGGCAUAUAGGGGAAUAAUGUUAACAGGUAGCACAAUGGAUGCAGCAGGUAGAAUAUUACCACUGGCAUAUGCUAUUGUUGAUUCAGAAAAUAACAUAGCAUGGAAUUGGUUUUUUGAGCAAUUCAAACAUCUGUAUGGUGAAAAAUCAAAUAUAUGUGUUGUUUUGGACCGGAAUGAGAGUAUCUUGAAGGCAACAUCUACUAUUUAUACUGGAAUACCACAUUAUGCUUGCAUGUGGCAUAUUUGGACAAUUGUAAGGUCAAAGUUCAAGAAGGGUUAUCUAAAGUUAAGCAAAUUGUACUUUGCUCCGGCACGAUCAUACACAAUUGAUGAAUUUAAUGAAAGAAUGUCAAAGAUUGAAGAGAUCGACACGCGUGUUAAAGCAUACCUAUACGAUAUUGGCUAUCAUAGAUGGUCUCAGGUACAUGCUAUGGUGAACAGAACGUGGAUGAUGGCAUCAAAUAUUGCAGAGUCAUUGAAUGCAGUAACAAAAAAUGCAAGAGAGCUGCCCGUAGUAGAACUAUUAGAGUACAUAAGGACUCUUCUUGAAAGUUGGAAUAAUAAAAAGUUAUUGAAAGCAAAGAGUACAUUCACAUACCUUGGGAAAAAAUACAACAAAGAGUUGGAGGACAACAUGACAUUAUCGCAGAAGAUGAGAGUGAGGGCUUCCAUAGAACACAUCCAUACAGUGAUAGAUGGUGUGAAGCGAUUUAUUGUUUACCUUCAAAACAAGAGAUGUAGUUGUGGACAGUUCCAACUUCAUGAACUUCCUUGUUCACAUGCUUUGGCGGCUUUGAGGCACAUGAGAGAGUCUUAUGAAAACUAUUGUUCUCCUUAUUACACGAGGGAGAGUCUUUUGAAGACUUAUGAAAUACCAGUAGACCAGUUGCCUGAUGAAAGCAAAUGGAAUGUGCCACAACAUGUAGCUGAAGAAGUUGUAAAGCCACCUACUAGGAAAAGAUAG